GGGAGAAGUGUAUUUACGGAAGUGGUACAGGUCCUCUGCAGCUAACCAAUCUCAUUUUGGUGAUUUCUUGACUAAUAUGCAGUCAGACGACCUCGUCUCGUCUCUGAAGACUGAUUUGUCGAAAUCUUGCGGAACAGUUCGUGUUCUUGUGGGUGUAACAGGAAGCGUCGCAGCUUUGAAACUUCCAGUUUUGGUCUCCGAGCUUCUCCAGCUCUCCGGGGUGGAUGUAAGAGUGAUCACUACAGAGCAUGCCAAACACUUCUACAAUCCUUCAGAUGUUUCAGUAAAGAUAUAUACUGACAAGGAUGAGUGGGAGCUGUGGACAGACAGAUCCGACCCUGUGCUGCACAUUGAGCUGAGGCGCUGGGCAGACCUGCUGAUCAUUGCCCCUCUCGAUGCCAACACUCUUGGAAAGAUUGCCAGUGGCAUCUGUGACAACUUAUUGACAUGUGUGGUAAGAGCCUGGGAUACCAGUCGACCUCUCCUCUUCUGUCCUGCUAUGAACACAGCUAUGUGGCUGCAUCCUAUUACGGCCCAGCAGGUAUCCAGGUUAAAAGAGUUUGGAUAUGUGGAAAUCCCCUGCAUAUCUAAGAAGCUAGUUUGUGGGGAUGAAGGUAAAGGCGCCAUGGCUGAGGUAUCGACUAUCAUCAGUGCUGUCAGGCAGUAUCUCCCAAAAUCAGAUGAGUCAUCACAGAAAACAUGAAGAUUUCGUGCACAAAACAACUGGUCGAUACGAACUAAUACUAAUACUUUCACUCUUUAUAAUCUGUCCCACAUAGUUUCUUUAUUGUUUGUUUGCUGGUGAAGAGGAUGUUCUUGAGUCGUAUAACUAGUUGGAGCUGUUUUUCUGGUUAGAGCAGAGAUCUAACCAGAAAAUUACUGCUAUGCUUAUUUUCAAGUGUCAGUCAACCACAGUAAAAACUCAAAAAGAGAAUGUGUGUAUUUUAACUGCUCACUGUCACCUGGACUUAAUGGAACCAUAUUACACAUAUUACAGAGAGAUCAUUUUCAUGCAGGGAUCUUCUGACAUCUCUACCCAUCUUUUUUUUAUUAUUUUUGCUUCAGAAGUAAAAUAAUUUCAAUAAAAAGCCAUUCAAUAAAAAUUUUAAACAUGUUAAUUUCUUAUGUUAUUGUUGCUUCGCUGCAGAAUUUCUAGCUAAAUGCAUUGAUUUCUAUAGUUUCAAUUUUUUAUGCGAAUAAACUUUUAUUAAAAAGCCA